CACAAGGUCAAGUGCGAGCGUCCGAGUCCAUUGCUCCUCGCGUGAGCAUCGCCCGCGCCCGCACUACGUACACUCGCCCUACCCUAGCUGGACGAGGUCAAAAUGCAGAGUCCGAUACUGAUAUUGUUAGCUGCCUGCGUCACCGUUCGCGCCAUCGACGGCUCUGACAGCAAGUUUAUGAAGGACUACGCCAUGUUGAAGAUCUACGAAAGCUGUUUCGGUUCUAAUUUACUGAAACAGAUCACAAAGGAACUAAGAGACGCUUACUCAAAAUGUUCAACAACGCCAUCUAUGAAGCAAACGCAGAACUCUUUGCCGUCUUACCUGAGUAACUUGGCGCCUGGCUUCGCUAUGGAUCCAACGCAGUCCAACGUCAAGCACACAGAUGGCGCUAUACAAAAUGAUGAAAACGAUUUACCGAAUCAAGAAGCUCCGCAAUCACAGAAAGUCGGCGGGAUAUUCGCUUUUCGACCUCAAGGGGUUCCAUUCCCCCAGCCCGGAAUGUCGCCAUUCAUGAUGCCGGCCGGGCCGCAGUUCCGCCCGUAUAACCCGGCCAUGUUCCAGCUGCCUUACCAGGGCUACCUGCCCCCGGGACUACCCUACAACCCCUACUAUCCUCCGUACCAGUUCUACCAGCAACAGCCCUACGUCGGAGCCAAUCGGAUGUCUCGCCAAAUCGGUCUUCGAACUCGACUGGGACUCCACGCCCCACGCUCCGUGAAUCACAACGUGACCUGCGUGAUGCAGGAACUGGGUUACGUGGACGACAACAUGGAACCGAACUUCGAACACAUCAGAGCGAGGAUCGGCAGCCUACCGGUCUCGGAUGAACUCAAAGGCGACAUCCAAGAGGGCCUACAGUUCUGUCAGAAGUUUUCGCAAUGCGUUCCGGAAGAGAAGCGUGAUAUAGUAGCCAGACCACAGGAACAGAUCAGAUCGAUUUUCUUCUUCAGAUGCUACAAACACAAGAAACUAGAGGCGUGCAUCAUGAAGGACAUCAAUGAACACUUCGCCAAGGAAUACGCUUUCGACCACGAGACGCCCGAUUUCGCUUACUCCCGUUCAGGACGCUCUGCUCGCGACCUCCCCCUCAGAGAUCCGAGCCUCGAAGCCCUUGAGGAGAUGGAGGUGUACCUCUAUGACUAUCUUAGCGGAGGGGGCGCCUUCGAUUUUGACCUCUACAUCUAAGUACUAGCGUAGUACUUGACCUCUACAUCUAAGUACUACCGUAGCACUAAGAUACGAUAACUGCUUCCUGAGUCGCGAAAGGCGAGCAAUUCCCGACGACAUGACGCCUAUCCUGCAGUCGGUUUCCUGCGACCCUAUCGCAAAAUCUAACAUUAGUUUCACGAAAAAAAACAACAGAAAAAAAAAUGGCUCUAGCCAUUUGAACGCAAAAGCUAUAAUAGUUUAAUAACAAGGAAUAUUGCAACACCCAAAAAAAUAUGAUUGUAUUAAUAUCGGUUCUGAUAUUGUGAAUACGGGAGGGAGAGUAAUAUUGUGUUCGGUAUAAUAUCAAUUAAAUCAUGAAUAAAAUUAAAUUUUCAUCUCAUCACGUUGUAUUAAGAGAAAUCGUUU